AUGAAGCUCUUAUUCUUUCUCGCCAGCGGUUCAGCCCUGGUGGCCGCCACAAGCUUCCCCGUCAUCGAAACCAACUACGGUCCAGUCAAGGGUGCAGCCUCGCCAUACCGCGACGGCGUCACCGUCUACAAAGGCAUUCCUUUUGCAGCAGCCCCAACUGGCUCUAAGCGCUGGACUGCCCCUACAGCCCCAGACUCAUGGACAGACGUCCUCCAUGCAACCAAGUUCGGUCCUCAAUGCGCCCAGCCAUACUCGGAGGCCGGCAUCUUCUCCUCUGGCAAGAACUCUACGAGUGAGGACUGCCUAUAUCUGAACAUCUGGACCCCAACCUACAACACCACCGACACCAAUGCCAUCCAAUCUAUGAAUCUCCCCAUCUACUUUUGGAUCUUCGGCGGCCGUUUCGAAGGCGGCUCAGGCGAUGUGAAGACCUACGACGGAACAGGCCUCGCCUCCAAGGAUAUCAUUGUCGUCACCAUCAACUACCGCCUCGGCGCAUUUGGCUUCCUCGCUCACCCCGAGCUUUCCCAGGAAUCCGGCCACAACAGCUCCGGCAACUACGGCAUCCUCGACCAGCAGUUUGCCCUCCGCUGGGUCCAGGACAACAUAGCCGCCUUUGGUGGGAAUGCCAGCCAGGUCACCGUCGGCGGCCAGUCUGCCGGCUCCGCCAGUGCCCUCGACAUGAUGUGGAGUCCGCUCAGCGCCGGUCUGGUCGCCGGUGUCAUAUCCGAGAGCGGUGCUCGCGGCCCUCACGACCCUGCGACUGGAGGCGUCGCCACCUCCUACAACACCAAAGACGAGGCCGAGUCCUUUGGCGUCACGUUCCUCGCCACCAUGAACGUCUCCUCUAUCGCGGAGCUCCGCCAGGCCCCGAUGGCCGACCUCAUCGCCCAAGGCCAACUCACGGAAUCGGACUAUUACACCGGCACCCCCUUCGAAUCGCUCUACAGCGGACCCCCCCGCUGGCGCCCCAAUAUCGAUGGCUACGUCUUUCCCCACGGCUACGGCAAGUCCCUGUCUCUCAAGGCCCACGCCGACGUCCCCAUCCUGACCGGCAACAACAAAAACGAGAAUGACCUCCAGAACGGCCCCUCCACUGUGUCCGAGUACAAGGCCUUCUGGACCGAGGUAUUCCAGAAUUACUCCUCCGAGUUCUUCUCCCUCUACCCCGCCACCACCGCCUCCGAAGCCAGCGAUCUCAGCAACCAGCUCCUCCUCGACAUCGCCCGCGUCGGGACCUGGGAAUGGGCCGCGGAGUGGGCAGCCGGCGGUGCAAAGAGCAAUGUCUACACCUACUUCUUCACCAAAGCGCCCGCGGAAGACGAGUCCAUGGGCGUCUAUCACGGCGCCGAGCUCUGGUACACCUUCAACAACAUCCCAUACUCCGACUACUCCGAGGUUACCUGGAACACCACGGACUAUGAAAUCGAGGCCACUGUCUCGGACUAUUGGGCGAAUUUUAUUCGUGGGGGAGACCCGAAUGGGGACGGGCUUGCUUACUUUCCUCCUUCGUCUGCUGCUAAUAUGACGACCAUGUGGCUUGGGGAGUGGUGUGGUGCGGGCCCUAUUGCGCACUCGCAGGCUCGGAUUGCGUUUCUGCGUAGGUGGAUGGCGCAGCUCCAUGAGUACUAG